UAUUCGUUCUCCUCCGGAUUACAGGAGUGCACGUCUGAUGACAACAUUGCCCUUCCUCCGCUGCACCAGUCGACAAUACCGUGCCUUUCUGAUGGGAUGUGUCGCCAUCGGAACCUUCAUUUGCAUUCAGAAGGUGGCAAACGUACAAUUCGCCCAUCUCUUCCUGACGCCUCAAAACGACACUGCCAAAUCCAUCACCCCACGGAACGCUGCAGAAGCGCUCCAGUUAAGAAAACUAAUCGUAGAAACCAGCGGCUGUUCUAUCCCGGACUUUGACCUCUUCGACGUCAGCGUCAAACGUUUCUACAAAAAAUUCGGACGAUAUAAGUGCCCUGGCAAAGCAUCAUUUAUACGGAUGGUCAACCUCAAGGUGCCGGUAGCUGACGAAGCGGUACUCAAGAAAAACUUCGGGUACACUCUCAAAGACAUUAAGUGUACUUACUCGGAAAUCUACCGCAAUGAAUCGCUGGACGUGCCAGACAAGGGGUAUUUCAAUGCCAAAGAGAUACCUCUUGUCUUUGGCUCGCCACUUAAAUCCGAGUACGGUUACGUGAGCUGCAAUGCGAAACGAAAGAAACGUAGUCCACGCAAGGUGUUCCACGAGGAGUUCCUCCUGGUACCCUUACUGAAAAAGGACGUUGAGAAACGAUGCAAGAAAAUCGAGGCCAAGCUCAACUCGACGCUUCCACGCCUCAGUAUCUUAAUCCUUGGUAUGGACUCGUUGUCUCGUCUGAACUUCAACCGUCACCUACCUCUUUCCGGAAAGUUCGUACGCGGAGUGCUGAAGGCGUAUGAGUUCUUCGGCUACAACAAGGUCGGCCGAAACUCGUACCCCAACCAGACUCCGCUGCUCACCGGUCAAUCGGGAGACGAGGGGAAAAACCUCUCAGCUAACAAGUUUUACGACGGACUCAACUUCUUGUGGAAGGACUACAAGAAGCGCGGAUACAGGACAAUGUUCCUGGAAGAGAUGCCCGGCUACGGCCUGUACUAUUUCAACGCCAAAGGCUUGAAGCGUGCUCCUACCGACUACUAUGCCAGGCACGCAGUGAUGGCGAUCGACAGGUCUGAGUUGAAGAAAAACAAAUCUGAAGGUUACUGCGUUGGGCCCAAACUGCCAAUGACGCUGUAUCUGGACUACCUCCUGGGGCUGACGAAAGUGUGGAAGGACCGUCCCUUCUUCGCGUACCUCUGGAUGUGCGAACUAACGCACUCCUACCUCAACAGAGCCGGCCAGAGCGACACUCCUUUCCUCAACGCCCUCCGAGCACUCCACAAGCGCGGUGUUCUGAACAAUACGGUACUCGCUUUCCUGAGUGACCACGGACUACGCUUCGGUGGCCUCCGUAACACGUACAUCGGUCGGUUCGAGGACAACUUGCCCUUCGCGUUCCUCGCGUUUCCCGAGUGGUUCCUGCGGCAGUAUCCGGAUUAUGCCAGGGCCCUAAGUAUCAACCAGAAACGAUUGACGACUCACUACGACAUGCACGCCACUUUCCUUCAGCUGCUCCGCUUCCCGCGUAUGACCCAAACGAACACCAAACAUGGGCUUAGUCUGUUCUACGAGGUUCCCGAGAACCGCACAUGCGCCAGCGCCUCUAUACCCCGCCCUUUCUGCGCCUGCCUGGAUUCACAACCAUUCCCCGAAUCCCACCCUCUGGCACGCCUGAUGGCUAGCUUUGUUUUGAGUGAAGUGAACGCGAUGAUACGAAAGGAGCUUAAAGGAAAAUGCGAGAAGUGGAAACUCAAAGAAGUGGUUAGCGUACGCUUUUAUAACCCAGACGAACAGUCGUCGAACAAGACAAUCACCGACUACUGGGUCCGUGUAGCCGCCAGUCCGGAUGGAGGCCUCUUCGAAGCCACCGUCAGGCAUAAUGUGGACUGGAAGGCAUCCAAGUUUACCAUGGUCCAGCCACCUGACAGAAUUGACUGGUAUAGUCCUCACGCAGUGUGUGCGAAUGAAAACCCUCUGGCAAUGUAUUGUUACUGUAAGAAAUAGUGACAGAAUGGACUGGUAUAGUUCUCACGCAAAGUGUGCGAAGUAAAGCUAUUUAGCAAUGUAUGAUUACUGUAAGAAAUCAUGACACCGUCUUCGAACACCACUACUCAAUACAACCGCUUUC